AUGUCUGUGAAGCAAGACUUCACAUUUCUGGCUCUACAAACCACCUUCAAAGUGGAGCUGAGCGGCUGUACAAAAGUGGCUCAAGAUGAUUCCAGAGGACUUGGAUCUCAGCUAAAAGAUAGCACCCCAGUAACUGAACUAUCAGCCAGUGGCCCUUUUGAAAGCCAUGAUCUUCUUUGGAAAGGUUUUUCUUGUGAACUUUUGCCCCGUCAUCCUCUUGAGCUAUCAGAAAAAAAGUUCCAGCUCAACCAAGAUAAAAUGAACUUUUCCACCCUGAGGAACAUCCAGGGUCUGUUUGCCCCUCUGGAGCUGCAGAUGGAGUUCAAGGCCGUGCAACAAGCUCAGCGUCUCCCAUUUCUUCCAAGUUCAAACCUCUCACUUGAUAUUUUGAGGGGGAAUGAUGAGACAAUUGGAUCUGAAGAUAUUCUUAAUGAUCCCUCCCAAAGCGAAAUCAUGGGUGAGCCGCACUCGAUGGUGGAGUACAAGCUCGGUUUGCUGUAG